AUGAAGCUUUUUAAUCUCCCUGUAUUGGAUGUUAUUCACAGAUCAUUUGUGAUAUUAUUAUGUGGAACAACAUUGUAUGGUGCAGUGGGUAUUGGUCAUUUAAUUUAUAACAGAAGAAACAAGUUAAAAGCAAUUGAGGAUCAGAUUCGCCAAGGGAUUUUGCCACCAACACCGGUUAAAACACCUGCACCUGAAGACAAACGUACUUAA